UUAGAUUUGUUGUAUUUUCAGAAAGAAUGUCGCACACAAUCUUGUUGGUUCAACCUGCCUCUAAGCCAGAGUCUAGAACCUACACAGACUACGAGUCCGUCAACGAGUGCAUGGAGGGAGUUUGCAAGAUAUACGAAGAGCAUCUCAAGAGGAAGCAUUCCGAUAUUCCCAGCAUUACUUACGAUAUAUCUCAGCUAUUCGAGUUCAUCGACCAGUUGGCUGAUUUAUCUUGCCUGGUCUAUCAGAAAUCCACCAACACCUACGCUCCGUACAACAAGGAGUGGAUCAAGGAGAAGAUCUAUAUCCUGCUGAGAAGACAGGCCAGCAGGGCAACAUAGAUCCCGUCUUACCUCAACAUGUAUCUGAUCAUCUCACGAAGAAAUCCAUUGUCUAUUAUUGAUUGCCUAGUGAAGGCUUGUUAUUGUUUGCAAAUCAUAUCCUCGUAUUUUUGUCGUUUUUUCCGAUGAGGAAUAAUUAAGUUUUUUUUUAUCCUGUACAAAUAUUUCAUUUUCAACACAAUUUUCAUUUUCAGA